AUCCAGUCACUGGUCUCUCUACCUUACCUUACCUCUACUCAUCCCUCUCCCUACGCGCCCCCCAACUCUCAACCUCAAAAAUUCAAUCUCUCACUCAACCUCUCUUCUCCCUGUCACGACUACUUCCACUUCCUUUUUUCUUAUCAAACAAUUCCCAAUAUCUUCCAAAAUGGCCACCGAGCGUGAAAGCAAGACCUUCCUGGCCCGCCUCUGCGAGCAGGCCGAGCGCUACGAUGAGAUGGUCACCUACAUGAAGGAGGUGGCUAAGCUGGGCGGAGAGCUCACCGUUGACGAGCGUAACCUCCUCAGCGUCGCCUACAAGAACGUUGUCGGCACCCGACGUGCCUCAUGGCGCAUCAUCUCCUCGAUCGAGCAGAAGGAGGAAUCUAAGGGCUCCGACAAGCACGUAUCCACCAUCAAGGACUACCGCAACAAGAUCGAGACCGAGCUCGAGAAGGUCUGCCAGGAUGUUCUCGAUGUCCUCGACGACUUCCUCAUCCCCAACGCCGCCACCGGCGAGUCCAAGGUCUUCUACCACAAGAUGAAGGGUGACUACCACCGUUACCUCGCUGAAUUCGCCUCUGGUGAGAAGCGCAAGGGUGCUGCUACCGCUGCCCACGAUGCUUAUAAGAGCGCUACCGAUGUUGCCCAGACUGAGCUCACUCCCACUCACCCCAUCCGUCUGGGUCUCGCUCUCAACUUCUCCGUCUUCUACUACGAGAUCUUGAACUCCCCCGACCGUGCUUGCCACCUCGCGAAGCAGGCCUUCGACGAUGCUAUUGCCGAGCUCGACUCCCUCUCUGAGGAGUCUUACCGCGACAGCACCCUGAUCAUGCAGCUCCUCCGCGACAACCUCACCCUCUGGACUUCUAGCGACAGCGCUGAGGGCGAGGCCGCUGGUGCUGCCGAUGCUCCCAAGAAGGAGGAGGGCGAGGCUGCCAAGCCCGCUGAGCCUGCCGCCGCCCCUGCUGAGGAGCCUGCGCCUGCUGCCGCCUCCUAAAUCUGUCAAUAAUCCCCCUCGAUACCACAUGCGUCUCGGCAUAUAGGAACCGAGACGUAUUCUUGCCCCGGUUACACUUGUCUGCCCCCGGACACACGGAUAGCUGGGCCUGUCUUGGGCGGGCUGGAUGAUAGUACGAGGCUUCUUCUUUUUGCGCGGUGCGUUGCUUUUUUCCCAUGGCGAUGGAGAGGGAGGAAUCACAAAGGGUCUGGUUUCUGGCAAGGGAGAGUGUACGGCGUGGACUCUUU